AUGUUUUACGAGGAUACGCAAGUAAUUGGAUUGGAGAAACUCUCAAAAUUGCUUUUGAUGUCCAUGUUUGGUUUGGAAUACUUGCAAAUGGAGCUAGCUAUUCAAAAUUGUGAGCCGAAUGCAAGAGUCAUAUCUGCAAUUAAGAAGAUGACGAAAAAUCCGACGGGGGCGAAUCUUACGGAGUUUUUAUGUAUCUAUAAAUUUUAUUGCGAAAAAAUAAAAGCAUUGAAAAGGGCCAAGAUAAAUCUUAUCGUCAGAUUUAUACGUAUCAUUAAAUUUGGAGUUUAUUUUUUCUGUUUUCUGUUGUAUGUGUGGAUAUAA